GUUUAACGGAGCAUCGUACAGCGGACAUCGGUUGCUAUUGGUUGCCGUAGUCGAAUAAACUUUUUGCCUCACACACUGAGCCUCCGCUUGCAGAGUUUAUGAUGCACAAGUUCCUUCGGAGGUCCGGUGCUCCUAUGGCAUGAAAACCUUGGUCACGCAAUGAAUGAUGAAUAUGCACCUAAUCCCUGUUCCUCUCGAACUGUUCCUGAACAACCGUUCGAAGGCACCGACAAUUUUCCGAAUAAAAACGACACAUACAGUUAUGAAGAUUCCUCAUCUGAAUCGGUAUCCAGCGGAAAACUGAAGAAUGAAAUCAGAGUUUUGCGCUCUCAGCUAGUGAGCAAAAUCACGUUGCUUGAGAGCGACAAACUACUCUCCCAAACGCUGGAGGCUGAUCUCAAGGAUCAAAUUCAAGUACUUUCGCGACGUCUAGCAUUGUCUACGGCGCGGUGCGAAGCAGCCCUACAGAUUGCCGCUCAGUCAUCUGAAGUCCAAGCAGAACUACAGCGAGCCGCAGAAAGUCAAAAGCGUCUGGCCAAUGAGAAUGCCUCCCUGUCUCAACAACUAAAUGCACUAAAAGACUUACUGGAUUCAUUACCCACGGAUCGACUUGUUUACAUGACAAGGAGUUGUGAGGGAACUUUUGAAAUAGACGUUGAAGCCUACUCGCAUCUGAACGGUAUGGAAGCGGAAAAGCUUGUCUCGGCUGAUCCGGAGAAACUAUCGCUUCCUCUGUAUGCCAAGUGGCAAUUCCAUCGGCUUGUUGGACUAUUUGCUCAGGAGAUACUUAGUCUACGGAGGCAGAUUACCGCGGCAGCUGAAACGAUAUUAUUCGAAGGCGCAACAUCACAGAGGCAUUUGACAUCAGUCAGUGAGCAACCGAGAGACAAGGUCCAAAUUCAGUCAGCUGUAUCACUGGGACCAAACAAGUUUGCCGAACACCGAUUAGUGCGUCUCGCAGAAAACUCAGACGUGGGACAAAGCAAUAAGGCUGUUCAAGAGCAUUUGUUUAGCUACCAUAAUAGCAACCUGUAUGGAGAUAAGACUGAUUGCAGGAAUAACCGCAGACUGGUUACGGACGAUGCGCCUGUAGCCGAUCAGGAUUUCGAACUUGAACUUGCCGAACGUCGGAUACACUUUCUUCAAGCGGAUAAAACACACUUGAUGAAUCAGAUAACUAGUCUAACGGAACAGCUUACAAAAGCCGAGCAGCGGUUGGCUGAGAGCAAAGCAAACGACUUGGCUGUGCGGAAGACUGAAGUGGAAUCCGCUCGAAAUCGAACAUGGAAUGCAGAGUUUUUGGAACAGCAAUUGAUGGAACAGGCUAAAAUGCUGAAGGAUAUGUCCACGAGAGAGUGCAGAAUGCUUUCGGACGUUCAUACCAAAGAAUUACAGUCAAUGCGUGAACAACGGGAUGCGGCUCUCGCAGAACUGGACAAAGUGAAAAUGUCUUUGCGAGAAGCAGAACGAGAGGCAGCACAAUACAAGCAACAAGUCGACUUACUUAACACGCGAAUGGCCAAAAUGUUGCCGACACUAGAGCAGCCGCAUGAACCGAUAGAUUCUACACAUACCUUGGGUACACGUAUGACAUGUGCCUUGAUGGAAUUGGAAACAAUCAGGCUUGCACGUCAAGAUGCCCUGCUACAGGUGGAAAAGUUGUCUGCACAGCUGGAUGCCAGUAAAAAAGCGUACUAUGAAUUGGAGGCAAAAACAACCCAGGAGCGAUUGACACAUCAGGGGAACUUGCUCGCGGUGGAAGAAAAACUACGGUUGUACGAGACUCUUGAGACAAAGUUGGACGAAGCAGUAGAGUUAUGUGUCACGGAUAGGGAAAAUUCUGUCCAUGCCAGUCACGCCGGACACCAGACGUUGUUAACCCAUAUUGAGCAGUACUGUUUAUUGGCCAAAACAACCGCACAAACCAGUAAUUCAAAUGCAGAUAUUUUCAUCCUACCCACUAUGGCCUGCCGACGUCUGGAACACUCACUUAGAUUGGCCAAAAAGAUAACAGAAUUGCAACUUCAAUGUCAGCGGUUGUCUGAGGAGAACAAAGCGAAGAUCAAUGAACUUGAGUUGACUCGGAAGGAAGCUGACCGACUCGGAAACAUGAUUACUUUGGUGGAACAACCGGCUGAUUGUCUUGCAUCUGUGUUGGCAGAGCGGGAACAGGAGUUGACGGCGAUCCGAUCGCAGUUGGUUGAGGAACGGAAGCGAGUACGUUUGAAAACCGAGGAAUGUGAACUUCUGAAUCAGGAACGCAAUGCCAUGGCUAUCGAUUUGGAGCGACUCUUAACUCGCCGCCAAAGUUUGGCUCAGUUACGCAAACAGAUGACACAACUAUCUCAAAGUAUUCGUGAACAGAAGGGGUCUUCAAAUUCCCGCCCACACAGUUCGCCGUGUCAUCCAGAAACCAUCAAAUUCAAACGCAUUGUGGGCCAUCGAACAGCGCCACAUUUGGAUGACCACAUUCAACCAUCUUGUAUUAAACCACCGUAUACAAUUGACCGAUCAUGAUGUACACCAUCCAUAAAUUUUCCCUUUGCC